ACCAUGCUUGCAUGCUUGAUUCUUAAAUUUUAACAACAAUCAUUUCAACCUAGAAUAAAAACGUUACAACAAUGUCUUUUAAACAACCAAUUCCUCGUGUUAUUCUUGGUGAAUAUGGAAUACCAAAUGCCAAUGAGUAUUCUAACCUCCGAUCUCCAGGUCCCUGGAACAUAGAAAAAUACAAAGAGAAUAUAAAAAUAUCUGUUGUUAAAAAAACAGAAGAAGAUGGAAUUUGUAAAGAAAUUGAAUUUGAUAUUGUUGGUUGUUCACAUGCUUUGGCAAAUGCUUAUCGUCGUAUAAUGCUCAGUGAAAUUCCAUCAAUGGCAAUUGAAAAAGUAUUUAUAUUAAACAACACAAGUAUGAUACAAGAUGAAGUACUUGCUCAUAGACUUGGAUUGGUACCAUUAAAAGCUAAUCCAAUGUUUUUUGAUGAUCCAUCACCCUCAACAAAUGACAAUGAUGAAGUGAGUGAACAAGACACAUUAAGAUAUGAAUUGAAAAUAAAAUGUACAAAAAAUCCAGAAGCUCCAAAAGAUUCACAAGAGCCUAAAGCAAUUUAUUGCAACAGUCAUGUUUAUAGUAGUGAUAUUCAAUGGGUACCACUUGGUGGACAAAAAAAUAUGUAUCCAAAUGGUGAAAAUGAUUUUGGUAUGCUUGAAAAAGAUAUUCUUAUUUGUAAAAUGAGACCUGGACAAGAAAUUUGUGCAUAUAUGCAUGCUGUCAAGGGUGUUGGCAAGGAUCAUGCUAAAUUUUCACCAGUUGCUACAGCAACUUAUCGUCUCUUGCCUGAUAUCCAAUUGAAAAAAAAAAUCACUGGUGAACUUGCUGAGAAAUUACAAAGCUACUUUAGUCCUGGUGUCAUUGAACUUGUCAAAACUAAAGAUGGUGUUGAAGCUAAGGUUAAAGAUGCAAGAUACGACAGCUGUUCACGUAAUGUUUAUGGAAAUGAUGAAUUAAAAAAUUCUGUUGAUCUUGGAAGAAUUUCUAAUCAUUUUAUUUUUAAUGUUGAAACUGUUGGUGCUAUUCCACCAAAUGUAAUAUUUUUGGAAUCAGUUAAAGUUCUCAAAAAAAAAUGUCGAGUUUUCCUGGAAGAACUCGACAAUAUAAGUUAAGAAUUUUUCCAAUUAAAAUAUAUGUUGAUUUAAUUUUUUUAAUUUAUAAAUUUCAAAUAAAAACAAAAUACAUAGUUUUUUUAUUUUUUUUUUUUGUUCGAAUAAACAACUUCAAGUUUAAUACC